CGGGGUGCGCCGGUGGGGUGCAGCGGAAGAGGGGGUCCAGGGGGGAGAACUUCGUAGCAGUCAUCCUUUUUAGGAAAAGAGGGAAAAAAUAAAACCCUCCCCCACCAUCUCCUUCUCCCCACCCCUCGCCGCACCACACACAGCGCGGGCUCCUCGGCUCUGCACCGGCGGGCCGGGCGCGUCCUGCCCUCAUUUAUCAGGCAGCUUUUCGGAAAAUGCAUUUGCCGUUCGGAGUUUAAUCAGAAGAGGAGUCCUGUCCCCGUGCCCGGCGCGUCCACCGGCCCCCGAUCCCUGUCUCUCCCCCGGGGAGGCGUGAAGCGGUCCCGCGGGCAGGGGUCCAUGUCUGUGCCCGCUCGUGUGUGCGCGCGUGUAUAUUGCCGAGAGGGGGGGAAAUCACAGGACUUAUGCAAAUACUGGACUGAACAUUGUAAUUCAUCUGCCGCCGCCGCUGCCUUUUUUUUCUCGUGCUCUUGAGAUCUCCGGUUGGGAUUCCGGCGGAUUGACAUUUCUGUGAAGAAGUCGGGGACUAUCUGCCAGUUCUUCGCGUUUUCACCGCUCCCCCACGCACCCCCAACUCCAGAUUCACUUGGAAGUUCCACAGCAGCUAUCGCCCGGGCGUUCUGAAGAUCGAUGGGGUCCUUGCCUUACACAUUUGUUCUGUUUUCACGAAAAAGGAAACUUGACAGAGGAUCAUGCUGUCCUUAGAAAAUACAAGAUCGCGGAGGAAGUAGACUGAUAUUGACAAUAAUUAAUAAUAAUGUGCCUCAUGAAAUAAAGAUCCAAAGGGAAUUGAAAUAAGAAUUUCCUGCAUCUCAUGCCAAGAGGGAAACACCAGAAUCAAGUGUUCCGCGUGACUGAAGACACCCCCUCAUCCAAGAAUGCAAAGCACAUCCAAUAAAAUAGCUGGAUUAUAACUAUUCUUCUUUCUUUCGGGGCCGUGGGGCGGGGACGGGGGCAAGAGGUGCUGUUGGUAUCCGGCUGCCUUCCUCUGCUUUUCCUCGGGAGAAGGAUGGCGCACGCCGGGAGAACAGGGUAUGAUAACCGGGAGAUAGUGAUGAAGUACAUCCACUAUAAGCUGUCGCAGAGGGGCUACGAAUGGGAUGCCGGAGACGUGGGCGCCGCGCCCCCGGGGGCCACCCCCGCGCCUGGCAUCUUCUCCUCCCAGCCCGGACGCGCCCCCGCGCCCGCCAGGACCUCGCCACCGCCGCCCCCGGCCGCCCCCGCCGCCGCCGCGGGGCCAGCGCUCAGCCCCGUGCCACCUGUGGUCCACCUGACCCUGCGCCAGGCCGGCGAUGACUUCUCCCGUCGCUACCGCCGGGACUUCGCCGAGAUGUCCAGCCAGCUGCACCUGACGCCCUUCACCGCGAGGGGACGCUUUGCCACGGUGGUGGAGGAGCUCUUCAGGGAUGGGGUGAACUGGGGGAGGAUUGUGGCCUUCUUUGAGUUCGGUGGGGUCAUGUGUGUGGAGAGCGUCAACCGGGAGAUGUCGCCCCUGGUGGACAGCAUCGCCCUGUGGAUGACAGAGUACCUGAACCGGCACCUGCACACCUGGAUCCAGGAUAACGGAGGCUGGUUUUCCAGGAAACUGCUUUGACCGAGGCCGCAGAAGCGACGACUCGGGGUGAACGCGACCGGUGGCAGGAUGCAGAAGAGCCUGUUUAGGAAACCAUUUAUCUCACGUAGACAUACCAUCUGAGAUGACCUUUGUAGAAAUAACAAUGGCGAUAAUAACAGCCCUGCAGUCUUUACCCUGGCGUAAGAAACCAGUUGGGUAAUGAACGUGGAAUUUCUCUGGGAAACAGUCCGAGAAAGAGAUAGGCAGCUGAGAUAAAAUAACAAACUGUAAACUGCAUCACGUUGUGUUCUCUGUGGUUUUCCUUCCACACUCGCCUUCUCUGUUCUCCGCUGACUUUCCGCGUUUGCCGCCUGCAGAUCGGGCCACUGGGUCCCAGGGGGAGAGAGGUGUGUGCCCCCGAGGCUGUCACACCUCGCCUGGAGUUUGCCCCGCGCCAUGCGGCUGGAAGGAGGGGUCCUGCAGGGUGAACAUUGCAUCUGGGCGGGAGGCCUGUGGCUUCCAGGAAUGAAGGGUGGUGAGUUUGGUUUCCCAGGUGGCCCAUGGGCGGCAUCGGGCUCCGAGGCGCUCAGGUGUGCGUACCGUCAUGGCUCAUUACAGCCCCCCCGAAGCCGUGUUUUUGUGCCAUAGGUCAGAGUCCUAUAAAAUAAACUCUUGUCAUAACAAAGAAUGCAGCCGCCAGAUUACAUCUGGGUCUGCCCCCAAGGACUCUGCUUUUCUUGUCCUUGUGGGGAGGGGAUUCCAUGCUUAUGCUGAUUCUCAUUGGGGGCUGUCUUGCUCCACCACCCUCCUAGAUGGUGAUAAAUCGUGGUAAAUGGUGAUAAAUAAUGGUGGCCAUAGCCGUGUGGACACAGAGUGGGGCCUGGACACCCAGCCAAGAUCUCUUGGCUCUAAUUUUAUGCAAAUUCGCAGCAUGCAAAUGGUCUCGCAGUGAUGCAGGCCCAGGGACAGGCAGUCACGUGGAGGAAGGACACGUCUGCAGUGAGGCAGGUUAAAGGAGGUUUGGGGAGGAAUGGUCAGUCCAUCAGGAGCCUGCGCCAAGGGUGUCGUCAUGACAAGCAGCCUACAAGACAGGACUUCUAUGUUUUGAGAACAGGAGAAGGUCAACACAGACCUAAUGCUUCUUACAGUUCUUUAUUCCUCCUCUUGUCCCAAUGAUGUUCCAUGGUAUAGGCUGCAUCCAAACACUUGAGCAUCCCACAUGUAUUAACUGGGCACUGACUCACUACAGGGCUCUGUGCUGGGCACUACAGAAGGGCUCAUAGGCACCGUCGAAGUGUGGAGCCAUAUGCUAUGUCUAAAGUUUGCACCGUCCAGUAUGGAGCCACUAGCCACAUGUGGCUACUGGGCACGUGGUAUGUGGCUGGUCCAAACGGAGUGUGAUUGGAAAAAUGGAGUGUAGAAUACAUACCAGAUUUCAAAGACACAGUGUGAAAAGACAAGUGAAAUAUUUUAUUAGUAAUUUUUGUUAAUUGCACAUUGAAAUGAUAUUUUAGAUAGCAUUGGGUUAGAUAAAAUAAAUGUGGCCCCUAGCAAAUGUAAAAUUACGUAUGUGGCUCACAUGAUAUUUCUAUUGGGCAUAACUGGUCUAGACUUAUAACCAUUUAUUGUACAGGGUGGUCACCUUUUUAGUCCCAUGUCUGGAUAUCAUUAUGCAGGAGGGUAGAAAGGCCUUUCUGUUUUGCACAGACGGGGGAGAGUCAGGUGGUGUCGUGGCACAUCGUGUAACACUCGACGGCAUGCACUCACAUCCAGGUUCUUGUCGAUGCUGCUCGUGGUCCACUGAGGGGGCAGGGAAGGGCUGGCCACACAUGGGCAGUGAGUAUCUUGGAGUAUUGGAGGGGAGCCUGCCCACCUGCUCUGAGUCAGAGCUGGGAGGAGCAUUUCAGAGUUUUGACUUCUAGUCCAACUUCUGUUAAAAAUAUACUAAUAAUCACCCUCAGAAAUAUUGUUUGUGUUUCUGUACUAGAGGUAAUAGGACAGAGUCCUCCUUGGAAGUAACUAUGUAUGUGUGUUUUAUGUAUUAAAUGGACACAGCAUGUCCUGCAGGUAAUGUGACACAUUGGUCAUUGGAAAGGUUGGGCUCAUGUUGAAAUUGGAGACCCACGAGGUGAAGGCAGGGUUUGGGUAAUAGGCAUGUUGCCAUGAUAAGGAUGUUUCUUCUGUUGGGAGCCAUCUAUUGUCAUGUCAGAUUCUUGGCAGCAUGGAGCAAGGUUGGUGGAUCGCACCUGUCAGAAAGGCCUGAGAUUGAGUCAGUCACCCACGGGAUGGAAGGAUGGGUCACCCUGGACCAAAGAGACAAGGGAUCCGAUCCAGGAAGUCACCUCGGAGUUAUUUUAUUCACACACUUUUAACACCAGAGGUGUUAUACCCACAAUCAAUCAAUUCUCCAACCCUCUGGACACCAACCGGGUGUCCUAUAAUUUAACUCCAUUUUGACGCUAGCUUCCCGGGGUUAGCAUCGGGUCCCACAAGUGGAAGGCUCAGUCCCACAAGACUGCCGCCACUGUAGACCCCAGUCAGAAGUCUAGGCCACCCCUACUUCUUAAUGACCGGCUAGAAAUGAUAGACUUCCGUGACCCCCUCCUCACGUUGGAUAAUUUGUUAGAAUAGUUCGCAGGACUCAGGAGACACUUAACUUACUGUGGCUGGUUUGUUAUAAAGGACAAGUCAGAAACAGCCCAUGGAAGAGGUGCACAGGGCAAGGUAUGAAAGGAGGGGGUGGAGCUCAUUAACUUCCCAUCACCUUGACCUAUUUACCCACCAGGGAGCUCUCGGAACCCCGUAAUUUAGGGGCUUUAAUGGAGGUUUCGUAAGGUAGGCACAAUUGAUUAAAUCAUGGGCCAGCGAUGAUUAACUCGCUCUCCAGUCCCUCGCCUCUCCCUGGAGGUUGGGGUGGGGCUGGAAUUUCCAACCCUCCGGUCCUGCCUUGGACUUUCUAGUGACCAGUCCCCAUCCUGAGGCUGCCUAGGGAUCCCAACCAACAGUCAUCUCAUUAGCACACAGAAGACUCACCACUCUGGACCCUGCCAGGUCUUAGAAGCUCUUAUGUUAGAAACUGGGAACCAAGACCAAAUAGAAGAAAAACGCUCCUCUCACUCUGUCACUCAGGAAAUGACGAGGGUUUUGGAAGCUCUGUACCAGGAACGGGAGACAAGGACCAGACAUACCACCAUAUCACACACCCUCUAUUGAAGGAGGGUGGGGGCCACUCCUCUAGGGAACAAGAGAGAAGGUCAAGGUCAAGAACGGGAGUCGGGCAUGACGGGCGAGACCAGCGUAGCGUGGAGGGCGCUCGGGCCAGGGCUUCAGAUGGAUCCUCCGAGCCCUCCAGGCCUUGCUGCUCGGGGCACACCGCACACUUCUGAGCUUCAGGUUCUUCAUCUGCAGACAGGGAGUUGGGUUGGAGGGUCUCUCAUGAGAAAAAAAAAAAAAAGGUGUGAUUCUGUGAGUUUUGAAGUCCAGAUAACCCGCAAGAACAGCACGAACAAGCUAUCGAUGACACCACAGGCACUGGGUUCCGACUGCUGUUCUUUCUUCUACGACACUUGGGGGCACCGAGGUUCGUGGCGGAGGCCAUAACUGGCCUGGACCACUCAGUCGGCCUGGGCGAGACAGAGGCCGGCUCUAGGAUCAUCUUACAGCUGAGCCAAUACCCUGGUCUUGUAGGGUGACAUCCACACAUUUAGACUCUUCCUUGGCUCUCUCUGCUGUCCCUGUCCCUGUCCUUUCUAUGAGUUAUCAUUAUUUCUUAUUUUAUGUCCUGAGAGCCUAGUGCUUUGCAGGCAGCAAUUCCCUCACGUUGAUCAUACGCUUUUGUAAAUCACUGCUUGUCCUCUGUCCACAACUAUUUUCUCUGCCUUCUUCUUCCUAAAAAUGAAAAAGCUUCUGGGCCAUCGCUGAGCGACAGAAAAUUUUAACUGCUUGUCCUCUGCCAAGUCUAUAUUGUAAUUGCUUU